ACACACACACACACAUACUCACACACACAUUCAGAUGAACCGGAUCAUGAGACUCUAAAAUACACGCCCACAACGGCAGCAUCACUGUGCUGCACCAGAACAGAAAGAACCAGUCUUUACCCCCAUCCCUGACUCUCCCGCUCUCACUCUCUGUCUGCCUCAUUCUAUCUCAUGCGCACACACACACAUACAGACAGACACGUGCUGCAGGGGAGAUCUGAGCGUUGGGUCGUUGAGCAUUCAGAUCCCCCUCCCCUUCUUCUUCAUCCUCCCUCUUCCUCUCGCUCUUGCGCUCACUCUCUCCCCCUGUUCACCUUGUCUGUUCCGGCUGCAUGGUUUAUUAUUGCAUCAGAGCCAGCGAGAGCCAGCGAGCAUCAUGCCGGGGGAGAGCACGCACAGAUCUGUCCCCGCCGACAAGGAUCCAGAGCAGGGAGCUGAGGAGACGGGGCUCCCUGGACCAGACAUGACCAGACACCCAUCUACCGACUCCACCCCGAGUGACAGUGGCUCCUCCCCUAGUGAUAGUGGUUCUAGCCCUUCUCCCAGCACUCCUCAGAAGCUACUCCCAGCAUGCACUUCUCCAUUUGGACCACGACUAUUUCAUGUGACACCUAGGUCUUCUGGUACUCCAAGACCUCAACCUGAAGGCUCUGACCAUCGCAACAACACUCCAAGAUUGUCUGGAAAAUUAGGUGGUCAUGGACCAUGUGGCCGCCAUAUUCCUGUAAAGAUGGAGAGAAUCAAGGUGCUGACUGGUUCUGAGGUGGAGAGUGACUUUCAAGAGGCACAGACUAUUGACACGAGGGUGGUGAUGGGCCAAGAAACAUUGCUUAAAACGACAGAGAUCCAAAAAGGGAGUUCCCCAAUUGAGACAAGUGGUCAGGCUAUUCCUUUGCCAGAUGUCCCAAGUGUUUCAGAUCCCCAGCCACAAGAAAAAGUGACUCAGCUGGGACCCAGCACAGAGGAAAGUCAGUCCCAAAGUCCUCAAAGACAAGAAAACCCUGCGCAGCCCACGAUUGCACUCCCGUACCCUUGCCACAACCCCCUACCCCCUUCCUCUACUUCUCCAAAGCUUGUCACUACAGAUGACAAAUUGGUAGACAACAAGGAAGAGAGUCCAGCUCUCUCUCAAGAUGAAGUGCCUUCCCUCUCCUUAUCUGAUCUGGCCUGUCCAGUUGCAUUGUCCUUUUCUGAACCAGCUUGUGCUGUUGACCCACUACGAGUGGGUGUGCCCUCAUCGCUUGACCCCGACCUUUACUACACCGCACCCUCCACCCCAAUUAAGAUGGCUUCCCGCUCUUCGCACCUUAAACAUCAUUCAUAUCCAGGCUCCCCAGCCAGCCCUCUCUCCCCCAGCACUCCCUCUGACAGUGAAGACCUCUGUUCCCCUCUUACUUCUCCUUCUGGCUCUUAUAUGACAGCAGAGGGAGGAAGCUGGGCCUCAUCUUACACAUCAUCAACCUCCCCCUCCACUUCCCCCAACCUUCUCCUCAUAGAAGAAACACAAGAGGCCCCUGCCUGCUUUGUCAGCUCUUUAUCAGAGAUUGGAGAUGAAGUUGGGGAGGAAAAGGGACGAGUGGUUCCCGAACGGGAGGAGGAAAGGGCAGCAGACUUGGGCCUGUACCAUCCUGAGGAAUUUGUCAUGAAUUCUCAUGUAGGUGUUACAGACACAGUGAUUGCAGAGGAGGUAGAAUCUCUUAAAGAGGAAGAGAUUAAGAUUUGUAGAGAAAGUUGUCGUCCGUGCUGGGUAACUGAGGAUACAUCUCCUCUAAGAAGUAGUAGCAGCAGUGACUCCCAGGAGGAUGGGGGAGAGUCUGAAAGUUCACUCUGCCCUCUUGAGGAGGCCAGUGCAGGGGCAGCAGAGUACUCGAGCCCCAUGGAGACAGGGCUGAGACUGCAACUGGAGGCUUGCAUAUCAGAAGGAUGUUAUGGACUAAUGGAGAGCCACCUAGAUCUUCCUUCCUCUGCCUUUACUCCUGAUACAGAGAACAUGACCAUGGCGUCAUCUAGCAUUAGCCCUGACUCACCUGUCCUCCCCCUGGAUGCCUUCUGUCCGGGAGCCUUUGAUAGGCUUGGCCAUAGUUCUUUCAUACUCUCCCAGGCAGACUGUGCUGAUGAUACACCAGAAGAGGAAAUGAUGAUCCCUGCCUCUCUUAUCUCCUUUCCUCUUCACACCAGCCUUAUCUUUAAGGCUGAUUCAAUGGAAAUCACCCUCUUCCCCACAGAAGAGGAGAAUGAAACAGACGUUAAUGACAGAAAUGAAGGAAAGGAUGUUGAUGCAUAUGCAGCAGGAGAGGAGGAGGCAGAUGUAGAAGAUGAUGAUGAUGAUUCUGAUGAUGAUGACGAUGACGAUGAUGAUGAAGAGGAUGGCGAUGAAUAUGAUUUUGAUGAUUACGUUGGUGGCAGUUCUAAUGGAGCGGCUAACAGUAAUGAAGAUGAGGAACAUAACAAAGGUGAUGCCAGCGAUGACCAUGACGAGGCAGUUGGGGAAGCUAAGGUAGAAGUGAAAGUUGUAGAAGAGGAAGAGAAGGAUGCAGAGGAGCAGGAUGAUGAGGAGGAGUGUAAUAACAAAGCUAUUGAGGAUCCUACAGAUGAGGACAGCUCCUUCCUUCAUUCACUUUCAGAAACAUCUAUCAAUGAGGGGUUGGAUGAGUCCUUUUGUUUCCAAGAUGAUACAGAUGACUCAUUAGAUUCUGCUUCUUAUAAUGGGGAAGAAGACGAACGUCUAUAUAGCACAGAGAGGCAUGCACAAUCACUAGAACCUGAACCAGUGGAUGGACUUGAUCUGACUGAAAUCCAGUCGGCACCAGAACAGGGUUCUACUCUUGGAACAGGUCAGACUGAACCUUUGCACACAGAACUGUGCAUGGAAAAACUACCUGGUCACCCAGCCACCUGUCUCUUCGGAGCCACUGCUGCCCACCCUAAAGACAGCGAUAUAGAAACUGAACCUUUGGAUGAUCCUAAAACCCCAGAACCCCAAUUAGACACUGAAAUGGAAUCUGCCAAUGAAACAGGUCACACAGAUACUCUGCACAUGAGCACAGGCCAACCACUGUCCUGUACUUCAGAAGGAGAUUCUUGUCUACCAGACUCCUCCAGCAUCUUGAGCCAGACUCAGAAUGCAAGUGAGCUAAAUAAUAAUGCUUGUUCUACCACCUCUUUUGAAGAACCUACGGAAAGUCCAGCCAGUUCUGUUGUCAUAUGUUCUGUACCUGCCUCUGCUGCUGAGUCCAGCACUUGUCCUCCUGCUGCAAUUUCUGUGCAGGAGACAACAGAGAUAAAACCUUCCACUGUUCCAGAAGAACUGGAUGAGGAAAAUGACCAGAUGGAGGACGUUGAUUUGACGCAGGAGACAACAGAGAUAAAACCUUCCACUGUUCCAGAAGAACUGAAUGAGGAACAUGACCAGAUGGAGGACGUUGAUUUGACGCAGGAGACAACAGAGCUAAAACCUUCCACUGUUCCAGAAGAACUGAAUGAGGAACAUGACCAGAUGGAGGACGUUGAUUUGACACAGGAGACAACAGACCUAAAACCUUCCACUGUUCCAGAAGAACUGAAUGAGGAACAUGACCAGAUGGAGGACGUUGAUUUGACACAGGAGACAACAGACCUAAAACCUUCCACUGUUCCAGAAGAACUGAAUGAGGAACAUGACCAGAUGGAGGACGUUGAUUUGAUGCAGGAUGCAAUAGACCUAAAACCUUCCACUGUUCCAGAAGAACUGAAUGAGGAAAAUUACCAGAUGGAGGACGUUGAAUUGACGCAGGUCAGUGAGUCUGCAAUAGAACCAGAAAGAGACUCUUUCAAGUUGCUCAUAAAGCCUCGCCAUUUCCAUCCUGAAAGUCAAACAACGGUGGGAGCAAGUAGAAUUUCAUUGUCAAAGUCCUUCUCCAGUAAAUAUGAUGUGCCUGUAGGAGCAGAGGGCAUGUGUAGGCCCAGUGUUUAUUGUGGGUCUUGCAAUGAGCUUGACCAGAUGAAUGGGAAUGCUUCAGCUGAGUCUCUGAGUGCAGAGAGUAGAGCCAGCGAGUCUGGACUCUCUCUGAACAUGGCUACUGCUACCAAUGAUUUGAAUAAAGGUGUACUUUUGCUGUCCUGCCCUAAAGAUCCCUGCCCCAAUCCCAGUAAUAUCCCCAUUUCCGGUUCUUCAGAAGUCAUCUCAGAGCUUCCUGACAAUUUGGCCCUAACGCCUGAACAGGGUCCAGGUGACUGUGCUCAGGAAAACCUGAGGGAAAAUACCCUGACUACCGAUGAUGUGGUGGUGGGAGCAGGUGGAUCUCCACAUUCCCCUCUUGCCAUCUCACCCAAAAGAGAAAACUCUGAAACAGACACAACCAGAGAAAGUGCUCCUGGAGCUGGGGCAUGGUGUGAUACUAGGAUGGGGCUGGGGUUUGGUCUAGGAUUUGGACCUGGAACUGAGUUUGGUGUUUGGGGAGCAGGGGAGUCUCUCUCCUUGUCUCUGAGGAAGACAUAUGAGUUAGAAGCAGAGAGCCUGCUUAUGUGUGAUACAGAGGGCCAAAGCACACAGAUGGCCAUGGUUCCUAAUAUGACCAAUGUGCUGGGCUCUAUUCUGGAUGAAGAAGAUAACAACAGCUUGCAUGGAAAGAAAGAUCAAACAGUGAAUGAAGAACUGAUGGAUGAGGGAGCAUCUGAGUCCAACCUGGGCCAUUGGAAGUCCAUUGAGGAGAUCUCAGAAGCAGGGGGAGGAGAGGAUGGGAGCUCUAGAUUUCCAGAGGACGACAUCAGUAAUAUAAAUCCAGACAAUGAUGGAAACACACAAACACAAGAUACUUGGAAUAAUUCUAACAAUAACAGUGACUCUGCCUUUGGCUCAUUGGAAGGAGGAGUGUAUGGAAGUCUAAAUGCUCUGUCAGAGGAAAUGAGACCUCAGAGUGUGAGUGUCAGUGUGAGAGAGUCUAAUAUUCCACUUGUAGAGAGAGCACCUCAGAGUCUGGACAGGAUUCCUGAUCAAGAGCAACAACCUACAGAGAGCUCAAUAAACCUGUCAUCAGGCACAACACAGACACCAUUCACAAAGGACGGUGACUGUAGCAUCACGGUACCAGCUGAAACUCAUACAGAUGCAGCUACAAUAAACAAACAGCUUGAUUCACCAGAUAAACCUGAGUGUCAAACUAGGCCAGAGUGUCAGACAUCCACUCCAGAGAGUAACCGGUUUCCUCUACUACAGGGAUCCUUUGGAUCCUUUACUCCAAAAUGUAAAUCUGAUCAUCUCAGACCAAGCCGAGCUUGUCAAGACAAGGAGAAACAUACUGGUUCUCUGACAGAAUUAGAGGUGUUUGAGCCUCAAACUGAAGGCCAAAGAAAAGGUGAUGUCUGUCCUGUGAAAGACAGAAUUAUUGAUGAACCAAAGACUAAAGAUGCCUUUAGAGGACAACAGUGUGUUGUUUGUAACUCAGGGGAAGACGAUGAGGAAGAAAAAGUGGAAGUGAAUGCAAAAGAAAUAGGUGAAGAAAAACAUAACAAAAAUGAAAGAAAGCCAUCUUCUGCACAAAAUGACCCAGAGCACUUUACCUGUCACGUCCCCAAAGGGGAAGUUUGCACAGAUACACCAAUCGCUGCUAAGAAAGGGAGGAAGGGGAAGAAGAACAAAAACAGGGCAUCCCAGGCGGGCAGUCAUACUGACUCUAGUCCAGAAUCUGUUGAUGAUCCAAAGAAACCCUCAAAGGAGAUUGCAGACAAUUCAAAAACCAAGGCAGGCCGUGAUGCAAGCAACUUUAUAUCAUCACCUUAUCAGCAGAAGACUUCUGACAGAGAACAAGUUGAAUCUGAUUCACAGACGCAGGGGGAUGACAGUCCCAGUCCUGAGGUCAAAAGUCCUAACCAUGGACAGUGCAAUUCCACGACACAGAUCCCAGACAACCUCAAUAUUGUCGCUGCAAUGAGCCAAGACUUAAAUCAGCAGGAAGUGCUUGAUAACAGACCACUAUCAAGUAGUCAGAGAGGAAUCACAGUGGACAUUAAUGACAACAAUAUAGAUACUGGCCACAGCCCACCUACCCAUAAUUCAAGCUCAUGCUCUCUGGCUCCACUUUCUUUGUCAACAUGUGUUUCUUCCUCUUCCUCCUCUUCGUCCUCCUCCUCCCUACCCUCGGCCUCAACAGAACCCGAGAUCGAUCUUCCCACACCAGUGCAGGAAUCCCAACCUGUCCUUUCAGCCCAACAGCACUCUUCACUCUCCAUGUGUAACACAGCCCAUGCCCUUUUGUCUACGUGCCCCACAACACAGCAAGUCACUGAUUCAAGAUUUCUUCCUAACCUCCCAGACGUUCCAACAACAGCUGCAUCUGUCACAAGCAUCACCUCACCCUCAUUCUCCACUGCCAUACCAUUAAGUCUUUUCCAGGCAACCCAGGAAUCAUCUUUAUCCGUGUCGGGGACUCUAGACUCAGGAUGUGUUCCAGACUGUGUUUACCAUCCCCAAUCUCAGUCACAUUCACAGUAUAAGGCCAACGUCAAAGUACAGCCUCACAAACAAAGCAAGCAAGGUCUCACAUGGAGCACUCAGGACAAAUGCAGAGGUCCUAGUUUGGCUGAAGAGGAUACAGACAGUGAGGAUGAUGGUGGACUCCCUCGACAAGGUCAAAGAUCCAAGCCCAGAGGAGUUGCAGGAAACAGAAAUGGAUCAUUGCAGGGCCCGUCUGCGCCAGCCAAUCAACAGGAAAUCAAGCCUUUCCCUUCCCGCCGUCUUACUGACAGACAGUUAGGCUGUCCAGUCAGCCACAGCCACAACAUUUCCGACGAGACUGAUCUAUCAUUCAAAAACAAUUGCUCCAUAUUGGCUUCAUGUAAUGAGUCUGAGAGCGAAGGGUCAGUGCCUGAGCUAGAAGAGCCAGAGCCACUGAGACCAUCAGAGCCACAGUCUAUCACCUCUGCAGAUGAAGGGCUGAACAGACCAAAACAGAGCCGCAGUGAGAAGAAAGCCCGCAAGGCCAUGUCUAAACUAGGUCUGAAACCAGUCCACGGUGUGACCAGAAUCACUAUUAGGAAGUCCAAGAGUAUCUUGUUUGUCAUCAGCAGACCAGAUGUGUUCAAAAGUCCCGUGUCAGAUAUUUACAUUGUAUUCGGAGAGGCAAAGAUUGAGGACCUGUCUCAGCAGGCUCACAAAGCAGCUGCAGAGAAAUUCAAGGUGCCUGUGACCUCUUCUCCCUUAGCCCCACCUGUCCUACCCAGCCUCACCAUCAAGGAGGAGAGUGAAGAGGAGGAAGAAGAGGUGGACGAGGGAGGUCUCGAGCAGAGAGACAUUGAGCUGGUCAUGGCCCAGGCCAAUGUGUCACGAGCCAAGGCCGUCCGUGCGCUGAAACACAACAAGAAUGACAUUGUGAACGCUAUCAUGGAGCUGACCAUGUGAGCGGUGAGGACUAUUUGAAUCCUGACUCCCUUAUUCCAGCCUAUAAAGCCUAAAAAAAAAUAAAAAAAACUUCUGUAUCGCUGCUACUGUAUGUUGCAUCCCCAGUAUCUGCUAAAUAAAGUCUGUUCCAGUGUG